AAGCAACCCUACUGCAGCAAAGAAGAAACAGACGACGAUGGAUUUUACUGUAGUAUUGGUUGAAAUAUAGGCGAUGUCAUUGCAUAUGUGUCUACUACUAUUACUGAGGUGUUGAUUGUGGAUUAUGUAGUGUUCCCGAUGUUUGUUACUUGAUAUAUAUUGUAAUAUGUGAACACGGGGAAUUAUCUCAGCACAGUUUGGAUAUAUUACAAGACACCUGUUUCCAUCUUCUUCAUCAUCCAUUUCUGAUGUUGCUUCAGUUUUAGUGAAGCUGCAGGAAUGGCCAGUGAUAAAAUCAAAGUCGCUAUUCGUGUACGGCCCUUUAAUCGAAGGGAAAUAGAACUUGCAACAAAAUGCGUAGUAGAAGUGGAUCAGCAACAGACUAUACUGCACAAUCCUCAUUCCAGGAACGGCAAACAACCAAAGAGUUUCACAUUCGAUCAUUGUUUUUGGUCCUUCUGCGAGAGUAAUUCCAAUUAUGCUGGCCAAGAAGUUGUGUUCAAUAGCCUUGGAGCUGAUAUUUUGGACAAUGCUUUUCAAGGCUACAAUGCGUGCAUAUUCGCAUAUGGGCAAACGGGGUCGGGAAAGUCUUUCACCAUGAUGGGUUCAGAGGACAACAAGGGAUUAAUUCCAAGGCUGUGUGAUGCUCUUUUUGAAAGGAUCACUGCUACUGGCAGGCAAUCCGAUUACAAAGUAGAGGUGUCUUACAUGGAAAUUUAUAAUGAAAAAGUUCACGAUUUGCUUGAUCCCAAAGGUUGUAAACAGACCCUGAAAGUUAGAGAACACAAUAUUUUAGGCCCAUACGUGGAUGGAUUAUCGACAUUAGCUGUUUCUUCUUAUGAGGAAAUAAAUAAUUUAAUGGCGGAAGGUAACAAAUCUAGAACCGUUGCAGCUACAAAUAUGAACAGUGAAUCGAGUAGGUCGCAUGCUGUUUUUACAAUUACACUCACGUGUACAGUAUCUGAUGAGUAUUCAGGAGUUACCGGUGAAAAAGUUUCGAAAAUGAGUCUGGUAGAUUUAGCCGGAAGUGAGAGAGCGGUUAAAACUGGAGCAGUUGGUGAGCGACUUAAAGAAGGUUCAAAUAUCAAUAAAUCUCUGACAACCCUAGGAUUAGUCAUAUCAAAAUUAGCUGACCAGUCUUGUGGGAAGACAAAAGACAAAUUUGUUGCUUACAGAGACUCAGUUCUCACUUGGCUGCUCAAGGACAAUCUCGGUGGCAACAGCCGAACAGUUAUGGUUGCUACAAUCAGCCCAGCAGCUGACAACUACGAUGAGACUCUCUCCACUCUAAGGUAUGCAGAUCGAGCGAAGCGUAUCGUCAAUCACGCUGUGGUGAAUGAAGAUCCCAAUGCCAGGAUUAUCAGAGAUCUCAGGGAGGAAGUUGAAAUGCUUAAGGAACAACUUAAAGGCACAACACAAGAAGACCUGCAGGAUAGACUUAAAGAAUCUGAGAAACUUAUGCAAGAAAUUUCUCAGACGUGGGAAGAAAAACUAAGGAAAACAGAGAAAAUACAUCAGGAGAGACAGCAAGCGUUAGAAAAAAUGGGCAUUUCUGUUCAGGCUUCAGGAAUUAAAGUGGAGCAAGACAAAUACUACUUAGUUAAUUUAAAUGCUGAUCCUUCCUUAAAUGAACUACUUGUAUAUUACCUGAAAGAUAAAACAGUUGUAGGUUAUCCCGGUGCCUCCUCUGAUUUAGACAUACAGUUGAGUGGUCUUGGAAUCAUGCCUAAGCACUGUACAAUUUUAAUAGAACAUUCAGAACUUGUAUUGAUACCUGUUGAUGGAGCUAGAACUUGUGUGAAUGGCUCUGUAGUAAGUAGUAGAAUUCAGCUUCAACAUGGUGAUAGAAUAUUAUGGGGUAACAACCAUUUCUUCAGAGUAAAUUGCCCUAAAGCAAACAACUGCAACAGCCCAGAAAUUCCCGAAAGGCCACUCGAUUACGACUUUGCGAGAGAGGAACUUAUGAUGAAUGAGCUUAGUAAUGAUCCAAUCCAGUCAGCAAUGGCUGCUCUUGAAAAACAGCACGAAGAGGACAAGCAAAUUGCAUUAGAUAAACAGAGACAAAUGUAUGAGAGACAGCUUCAAAUACUAAGGAAUCAAAUGUCUCCCGGUACACCUUACAGCCCAUACCCAACCUUUGAUUUGCUCGGUUUAGGAAAAUACACCCCGGCUGGUACUCCCACAAGUAAUGUGCAAUCUAGGAUGGAGCGUUGGGCACAGGAUAGAGAUGAAUUAUUCAAGAAAAGCUUGGCUAAACUUAGAGAAGACAUAGUUAGAGCAAAUGGCCUCGUUAGAGAAGCGAACUUUCUGGCUGAAGAGAUGGGCAAGGAAACGGAGUUUAAAGUCACACUUCAGAUCCCUGCUGCAAAUCUCAGUCCCAAUCGAAAGAAAGGAGCAUUUGUUAGUGAGCCUGCUGUAUUAGUGAAGCGUCGUAAUAAAAACGGCCAAGUUUGGUCAAUGGAAAAGUUAGAGAAUAAGCUUAUUGACAUGAGGGAAAUGUAUCAAGAGAGGAAAGAGAAAGGCUUGAACAUGAAAGAAGGGUUGCCGCCAAAGGCUAUGGAUCCAUUUUACGAAAGUCAAGAAAAUCAUAAUCUCAUUGGUGUGGCCAAUGUGUUUUUAGAUUUCCUUUUUCAUGAUGUAAAAUUGGAUUAUCAGGUUCCUAUUAUUAGCCAACAAGGAGAGGUUGCUGGUAGACUUCAUGUUGAAAUUUGUCGGAUAGAAGGUAGUUUUGCUGAUAAUUUAGAAAACAGUGAAACGGAGAGUGAAAGGAGCAGUUCAGAAAUAAAAGAUGAUUCCAGUGAUAACAGCACUGGUCGUCAAAUCACUAUACAACUUUCAAUUAAAUCUGCCACUGGAUUGCCACCUUCUCUGUCGAAUUUUGUGUUUUGCCAGUAUGUUUUCUGGGGUCAUCCAGACGCCGUUGUUGUUCCGCCCAUAGUAAACCCUGAGUAUCCUGCUUCAAGGAAAGGAAAAGAUUGCAUGACCUUCAAAUUUGAACACAUUCAGGAAUUCGUAGUUAAUGUUUCGGAAGAAUUUAUUGAAUACUGCACUGAUGGCGCUCUUUCUAUCGAGGUCUGGGGUCAUAGAAGUGCAGGCUUCAGCAGCUCAAAGCCUGGUUGGGACUUAGAUGUUCAGCUAAUGAGGUCCCGGUCAUUAGCAGACAGGUGGUCAGAACUGAUCAGAAAAAUUGAACUGUGGGUUGAAAUUCAAGAAUUGAAUGAUAUGGGUGAAUAUGCAGCUGUGGAAGUCAUACCAAGACCUGACAUCGCAACGGGUGGUGUUUAUCAACUGCGUCAGGGUCAACAACGUCGAGUGAUGGUCAGAGUUAGGCCUGUACACAAUUCUGGAACAUUGCCUAUUAUAUGUGAAGCAAUAACUAGUGUAUCCAUUGGAAGCAUUUGCUCAAGAUCCAAACUGCAAAAACCUUUGGAUUCUUAUCAAGAGGAAGAUUUGACUCUUUUACGAGAGAAAUGGUCGGAAGCUUUAAUGAAAAGAAGAGAGUACUUAGAUAGUCAAAUACAAAAAAUCAUCAAUAAGAAAGACAAAUCAGAUCAGGAUAUUGAGAGAGAGCAGAGCUUGAUUGAUCAGUGGGUGUGCCUGACUGAAGAAAGGAAUACUGUUUUAGUGCCUGCUCCCAAAUCUGGAAUACCCGGAGCUCCAGCAGACUGGGACCCUCCUCCUGGAAUGGAAAAACAUAUACCUGUUAUUUUUCUAGAUCUAAAUGCGGAUGAUAUGAGUGUCCCCAUUAAAGGUGAUGCAGAAAUCCGCAUUGCCGGAGCAAAUUCCAUUUUACCCAAAGAACAUGGCAGCCAGUCUUUUAAUCUUCCUAUUGUAAAAUACUGUGAAAAAGAGGUGUGCGCUACUGCGGCGUGGGACUCAUCCAUACACGAUUCCAUUCAUCUAAACCGAGCCACUUCACCAAACGAUCGUAUUUAUUUGAUUUUAAAAGCGUCGGUCCGUCUCAGUCAUCCGGCCACCAUGGAUGUAAUGCUGCGCAAACGUCUAGCCAUCAACGUUUACAAGAGGCAGUCUAUUGCUGACAAAAUAAAGAAAAAGAUUGUUAGACAAGACACCCUUUUCACGAGUGGUGUAACAUAUGAAAUGGUAUCCAACAUUCCAAAGGCAUCUGAAGAUCCAGAAAACAGAGAGAUGUUAGCCCUGAUGGCGGCUUCUGGAGAAGAUGCCCACACAAAUGACGGGGAGAGUUAUAUAGAGAAAUACACGAGAGGUGUAUCAGCGGUUGAGAGUAUUCUCAUGUUGGACAGGUUGAGACAGGAAGUUGCUGUUAAAGAAUUACUUGCUGCUCAAGGAAAACCUCUCAGGAAAACUGCCAGUGUGCCAAAUAUUGCUCAUGUCCUAAGAAUGGAUCAACGAUUGGACACCACAUUUCCUCAAAGAAUGGAUCCCAGUUCAAGAGCUGAUUCUGCAUGUGAAUUAACUGCUCUAUCUCCAAAUGAUGAAUUAAAACAACGAAGUCCAUUGAGCAGUACUCCCUUUGGUAAAGAAAAACCUCCAAUUAACAACUCCGAUUCACCAGUCACAUCUCCUUAUGCCUUGACAAGGCCAACUUUCUUGAAUCUCAGUUUCAAUUUGAAUAUGAGCCUCCGUCAGAAUUCAUCCAUUUUAAGUUCCCCCUUGAAUGGAUUGACCCCCCAGUCCACAAAGUUAGUCAAACCAAUGUCUACAGUCGUCGAGGAACUUCAGAGUGUUCCUGAAUGUGGACUUGAUGAGAGUUCUGAAUUUUGUGACCAUUCAGGGGAUGAAACUUGUGUGCAGAACUUAAUGGAGAAGUUUAUUGAAAGUGAAGAACUUAACAAUGUGACAAGUAACCACACAGAGGAAAUAAACAGAACUCAGGUUUCUGAAAGAAGAACUCAUGCAAUAGAUACUCCAGAUAGCAUUCCAGACAUACAAGCCAAAGUAGGUACGCCCAGCAUGAUAUCCAGUGGUUAUGGUUCUCAAGCUCUAUCUACAACACCUGCCUCCAGUGAAGAUUCCAUCUCCAUACACAGCGUCACUGAAGAUUUUAGAGACACCGAUUACAUCAUAGAAAAUGCUGUUGCUGCAGGGGAAGAGGGGCAACAACAGUAUUUUCAGCCAGACAAUACUUACGAUGAAAACUUCCAAAAUAACAACAAUGAUAAUGAAAAAUUGGUUGCAACAGAGCAGCACCCUCAUUACAAUGACAAUGCUCUCGAGACGAACUCUCAAGGAUCUUCAGAUGGUGAAAUUUCCAGGAAUGAGUCGGAAGAAAUGAAGUUUCCUUUGUGGCUGACCGUGGGAGAGAGCGUUAUGAUUUCCCCCUACAAUAAAACUGGAGUUGUAGCUUAUCUUGGCCCAACAAAUUUUGCAGCUGGCCCCUGGGCUGGCGUUGAACUAGACACACCCACAGGUAAAAAUGAUGGGACAGUGAAUGGGACGAGGUACUUUGAGUGUAAACCUCGUUUUGGAAUUUUUGUUCGACCAGACAAGUUAGUGGUUGAUAGUAGGGGUAGAGCAAUGAGAGCUGCCCGCACCUCUUCUCCUCUAAAUGGGGGAGUUACCGCCAAAAGAAGUAAAGAAGAUGUUUCGGUUCAUAAAAGUGUCGGUCGGAUAGACAAUCACUCUGCAGUGAAGGCCCGCAGCCGUAGUAAAGACACGAAAGCAAGGCCGAGCAGCAGCACAAGGGGCAAGAAGUGACUCGUACCACUAUCCUUGUAAAAACAUUUCUUUUUUGCACAUUGAUGAUGCAAUGUCGAUGAGUCACGCAGAUGAUGAUACACACCAGUGAAGAGAAGAAGGCGGCUUCAUUCCAGUUUUCAAGUAGUUAAAUUCUAGUGUUAAAGCUUCUUACAAAUGGACUUGCAAAUUUAUGAAUUAUUCCUAAAAGAAUCAUCCAUAGUUCAAUAUUUAGAAAAAAAGCCAUGAUUAACUGUGUUAAGAGUAUUUUUGUUAACUAAAUAACCGUCCUCCUGGCGUAUUUUUAUCUUUUAAAGAACAGGGUUGCCACUCCACAGGGAAAAAAAUACAGGGAAUUUUAAAUAUCACCUUAAGUAACAGGGAAUUUAUUUUUUUCCUUACUAGCUAGGAAUUUUGUUUUUUUUAUUUUCGUCUUUUAAAAAAUGGUGACCACUCUAAGCAUAAUCUACUAGGUAUUUUAGCUAUAGUAAACUAUUUCAUUAUUCAAGUAUGUUCAGCUAUUCUUUUUCUUUAAGUUUUCCAGCAAUUAAAACUAGUGUAAUAGCCCAAUAUAGCUCACACAAGACCACAGUAAUUGUUGUUUCCUUUUAAUAUAUUGUGUAUAAUAUGCACGGGGAAUUUUUCUUUCUUUUCCAGAUUUGAAUGGCAACCCUGUAAAAAAAAAACUUUUUUUUAAAAUUAAUAAUUCCUUUGCAAAUCUCUUUACUGUCUCAUAGUAAUUUGUAUGCACUUUUUUAUGCCCGAACAGUAUUAUUAUUGUUGCACCCCCUUUUUUUUAUAGAUACAAUGAAUUCUGUACUUAAAAGUUGUAGAUUAUGUCUUAUCCAUCCUUACAAUAUCUCAGAUUUUCCGUACCAUUUUUUUUAAAAAUUGUUGUUAGAAUUUUCAAAAUAUAUUUAUAUAAAAUACUCCAUCAUGCUAUUAUACUGUUCACCACUAAAUUCAAUUAGAUUUUUAAAACAUUCUGUGUGACAAACUUUUAGAGGGAUGAUAGAAGGAGGGUUGCCACAGACGACUAAAAAUGUGACUAUUUGCAACGAUGUAGUCAGAAAAUGAUAAAAAAGCAACUAUUUUCAGGAAAAGGAGACUAUUGGGAGACUUUUCUGUACUUCCAUAGCUGUCUUUUAGCAUAAAUUGGGUGAAAAGCCUGCAGGAGCUUUUGAACACAAUGAAUUUUCUUUAAAAUGUUGAAAAUCUUUAAUUGAAAAUUUUAGUCAUCACUUUUAAAUUCAGGCAAUUUGCACAGAUACCAUUGUAAGGCUAUUUUGUUUCUUGAUCACCUUUUUAACGUUUAUUCUUACAAAAUUACGUAGAUUUUAAAAAACCCAAUUUUUAAUACGAUAUUACGAUGCAUGAAUUUCGAAUUUGAGUUAUAAAUUUUCACAAUACAUAUAUUUGCUAAAUCAAUUAUUUAUAAAAGGGAAAUUUUUUAAUGAAAAAGUAUUUUUUAAAUGAAUUAUAGUUGUUAAAAGUAUUUAAUUUUCUGCAAAUAUACAAAUUUGUAUGACAUAAAAAUUUAGUGCUAGACCACUAAAGUUUAUAUAAAAAUGAUCAUAUUUGCUACCAACUUGACUAAAUGUAUCACGGUAUAUGGCAAUUAAGUCAUUUAAUAAUAUUUUAGUUCUUAUUUAGGCAACUAUUUUCAUGCUUCAGGCUACUAAAAGCAACUUUUUUGUUCCUUUUUUUCUGUGGCAACCCUGUAGAGGAAUGGGCAUUUUUUCAUGUUAAGUGAAUUCUCGUGUCAAGAUUCAAAGCAUGUUAAAUAAUUUUGUUGCCAUUAAAAUAUUAACCUACAAUUUAUAAGAAGUUGAAGAAGAAAAAGUUCCUUCUCAACUUAUUCAUUUAAACUUUGUUUUUAGAAUGUUUAACAAAUUAAUUAUUUUGACUAACGUUCCAAAAAUCCAUUAAACCUAAAUUGUGCGCAUGUAUAGUUUAGUGCUUUUGUAUAAAUCUUUUUCAUCAUGCAAAAUUAAACCUAAUAAUUUUUUUAUUGUGUGAAUUCAUAACUUUUAAGUUUAGUACAGCCAGCACCCAGCCAGUUGGUAAUAAUGAAAAUUGGUCUAAAUUUUAGUUCAAAGAGAAUCCAUAUUUUUUUCUAAAAAAAAACAACAAAAAAACAUGCAAUCUAAUUUGAAAAAAUAUCUCUCCAAAAUUAUAUAUAUUUAUUAAAAAUAAUUUUUAAGUUCAUUUUUAAAUCCUUUUAAACAAUGUAGCUUAAAGCAUGUAUUUUUAUAUUUUCUCUUUGUUAUAAGAGAUGUCACCUCUUUGCAUAAAUGUUUAUUUUUCCUCUUAUGUUUCAUUACAAAAAGUUCCUGCUCUAUCAUCCCUUUAUCACAUAUGUAACCUGACAUUAAGUAUUAAUAUUGUCACAAUUGGGCUUUUAAUUGUAAAAUGUUUUUACACUUCAUAAAUGGUAUAACUUUUUGUUGUGUGCAGUGAAAUAUGUACAAUAAUGGCCAUUCCUUUUUUAUCUUCUGACUUCCUUUUUUUUUAAACUUGACUUUUUUGAAAAUGUGCCACUCAAAGAAAUAACUCUUAAUUGGCAGCUUGUCUCAUUAAUCUAGCUGGGAUCUUUUUGUUAUCGACAUAUAUUUUAAUUUUGUGUGUUUAAAUUAAGGAAAAAUAUGACACUUUUCUCCUCAUAAAUGAUAAUGCAAUUAAAUGCAAAUUGCACUCACCGAUUUCCCCCCGAACAUUUUGUUACAACUAUAGAUUUUAUUAUGGUUUAAAACGAAUGAAGUACUUAAAUCUCCAAGACAGUACUUUAAAGGUAACGGUUCAUAAAAUGUCUAUUUGACUUGACAAUAAAUUUUUAACACUAUCUUAUAGUUAUUGGAAAAUGCUAAGAUGUAGAGUAUAUGCCUAAAGAGGGUACUUUUUCUCAUUUAUCUAUGAUGGAUAAAAAUAAUUUAGAGUUUAAAACUUCUUAAAACAAAAUUUUACGAUAUGUAGUCAAAGAAGUUUGUGCAGCCUGCGACAUCUUUUUUCUCAAAUGCAAAUUUAAAUUUUUUUUUUUUAAAAUUGAAAUUAGCCUUUUAUUUAUUCUACGUCUCUAAAUUAAAGGAAAAAUAUCAGAGUUAUCAUUAAGAUUUAUAUAUACACUAAAUUACUUCAGGUAGUAACUUAGAUGUAUAUUUGUCUUUAUAUUUGCUUUGUUACUUUCCAGAUGAAUGCAAAAAGAAGGGGGGGAAUCUUGAAAUACGAAGUGGGGGCCUCAAAUGCUGUACUGUAAACUAGACAGUUUUACAUUUUACAUUAUACCUACUUUUCAGUCUCUAAAAUAUAAAUAUAUUUAACCACAGUAAAUAGUCCAAUUCCAUUGUUAAUGAUUAAUUAAAUUAUUAUUUUUUGAUUCUUUAAUGUUGUCGGGAAUUAAUUUAAAAGUUCAUUUUAUCGAUAUUUUAAUUGAUUUGUUGCGAGAUGAGAGCGGAUUUGUUUCUUUUAAUUUUCAAUCCAAUAAAGCAUUUCUUUAAUUGCUGAAAAUUAAUUAAUCAAUUGAAAUGAAUUAAUUUUAAACUAAAAUCGAAAAUGCAGAGUAAUUUUGUCAGCAAUCAGUUGAACUAUUGGUGGUGAAAUAUGUUAUGUCCCAUCCAUUGAUCUCCCGUUUACCCUGCAAUGCACCCAAGUUUUAUCUUUAAAAAGGUUAUAUAAAAUAAUCACAGUAAAUAAAUUGAAUUAAGCUGCCGAUAUUGUAUUUGAUUUAUUUUUGAUUUUUAUUUUAGAAUUUAUUCCUUUUCUGAAACACAACUACUGAAUUCAAUACAUGAAAUUUUUUAAAGAAGUAGCCCCCUGCUAACCUCAGCCCCCACUAAGGGGCCAAAAUUAUUUAUUGCCCACUACAAAUUUAAGAAAUUACACAUUUUAUACCUGAUAUUUCUUUAAAAUUGUGUAUUUUGGAACUGUUAAUUAUGACAUUAAUAAUUGCGGCUUGCAGUCAAAACAAGAGUAAAAAAGUAUUAAGUUUGUGUUGGGUAUUUUUUUCUUUAAACUUCGGGAGAAGUUUAAAGAAAAAAUUGCUAUUAAAAAAAACACAAACUCUCUUGAAAAAAACUUAGAGUGUUUUGACAGGUACAGAGGAAUUUAAUUUUGUUUUAAUGAAGUUUAUUUUACAAAUAGAGAAAUAUCUGUUAAAUUUAGACUUUAUUAAUUACUGCUUCAUUAAUUAAAAGAAAGUCUGUUGCAAGUGAGUAAUGAUUGGAAUUUUUUAUAAUCAAUUAACUCUCAUUUAGAGCCUAGGUACCAUCGGUACAAAACCGGGGCAGUUUUUAAACCUUAAUUUCUCUUUUUAAAAAAGCAAAACAGAUGCCAUUGUAUACAAUAAAAAUAGUGGAUUAUAAUAUUCAAAAUCAAGCAUUGACACACUGUAUGAAAAAGUGAGUGAACAUUAGAAAAAUGGUUGUAUUUUACAUUUUUUAAAAAUCGAAAUUUUGUGUGUUGUAUUGUAAUACAAUGUUUGAAAAAGUAUUAAAAUUAACUGAAAUGUUUUCUGUGAUAUUUUUAUUUGUAUUAUUAUUUUGACAGAGUUUUUUGGACUUCUGAUGUCCAAGUUAAUUAUUAUCUGGUGUUUUUAAUUAUUUUUGAGUAUAUUGUAAUUAUAUAUGAGUAUCACUGUUACUGGAAGCUUUGACAACUGUAGUUUUCAGAUGUUUUAGUUUUAUAAGUAUAUAUAUAUAUUUAAACUAUUAGGGUGUCUCAUUGUUUAUAGAAACCAAAAAAAAAAAAUUUUAGAUUUAAGUUGUUAAGCUGUCCAAAAUCUGACCUUGUUAUUGACAAAGGAACAGAAAUUUGUAUAUUAUGUUCUUCCAAAGAAUAAAAAUUUUUAAGAUGAUAA